AUGUCUGACGGUCUCACUCAGCGGCAGCUGAACAUUAUCAGCGACAUAGAACGAGCGUGUUCAGUGAUUUCUCUGUUGGGAUGUGUUUUCAUCAUUGUCACAUUCUGCUUUUCAAGCUCGUUCCACAAGCCCAUCAACAGACUUGUGUUUUACGCCUCGUUUGGUAACAUGAUGACCAACGUAGGCACACUCAUGUCUCGAAGUUAUCUCAGUUCACCGGGCUCUCCCGGUUGCCAACUGCAAGGGUUCCUGAUUCAGAUGUUUAUGCCUGCUGAUGCAUUCUGGACACUGGCUAUGGCGUUUAAUGUCUAUCUUACUUUUUAUCACAAAUACGACGCUAGAAAGCUACGACGAAUGGAGAUACCCUAUCUGUUAUGCUGCUACGGCAUUCCCUUUAUUCCUGCUUUUGUAUACAUCUUCCUCAAGAACAAGGAUGGCUACCGCGCAUAUGGCAAUGCCACCCUGUGGUGCUGGAUCACCACCGAGUGGGACAUUUUCCGUAUUGCAACAUUUUAUGGCCCUGUCUGGGUCGUCAUCUUUGCCACCUUUUUCAUCUACAUCCGCGCAGGACGAACAAUCUAUGAGAAGCACAAGCAGCUCAACGACUUCCACUCAUCCGAAGGCCUAUCAUCCGUGGACGUCAUCACUACCCUCAGGACAACUGAAGUGACGGUCACUACUUCGGAAGCCGUGGCAGACCCUGGAGCUUUCCGCACUCAUCCCUCUCCUGGCCGCCACCCAUCUAUUACAGAUCCAGAAGGGCAGAACCCCAACUACUCGGUGCAUAUCUCAGCUGCCCAGGCUCCCGCGGACGACAAGAUUGAACCUGUUAAGCCUGCCAACACGGAGACUACGAAGAAGUCGAGACUAGGAAGAUCAACACGACCGCCGACGGCCCGACGACGAAACUACGAAAUCAACAACGCAGCAUGGGCUUACGCCAAGUGUUCCCUUCUAUUCUUUACGGCACUUCUUGUUACAUGGAUCCCAUCGAGCGCUAACCGAGUCUACUCCGUUGUCAAGAGCCAGGAAAUCAACGCACCACUUGAGAUUAUGAGUGCAUUUGUGCUGCCGCUUCAGGGAUUCUGGAACGCCCUCAUCUACGCCGUCACAUCGUGGGGCGCAUGCAAGAGCUUCUGGGAGGACAUUCGAACGGGCAAACGGCCAGAGGUGAUGGAGCUAGUUGGAGGAAUUGGCGCAACCGAUGAAAAUAGCCGGCACAGUCGGCGCAUCAGCCAGUUUAGGCCUGGCAACCGGUCAAAGGGACUCGACUCGGAGAGUAUGACAGAGCUGGCUAAUACACGAACGCAUUCAGCAGAUGCGUCGGCGGACAACCACUCAACUUAUGGACAUUCAAGCACUUGA